AAUUUGUAUAAUUAAUGGAGCAAUGUCAUUUGCAAUGUCAUUUCGAAACAUCGCUGCUGCAACGAGUCACGUAUCACCGUAUCGGUUACUUUUGGCGUGCAAGAGUAAACACCGAAAGCACAGUCCGCUCUCCCGAAAACGAAUCGCGUGCGUACAACACCGCAGUUAGAUGAUUCGAAGAUUACCGCGACGAUAUUAGCGCCACGUUAACAACUCGUGCGGCACUGUACAGCUGUUGGGAUCGCGAACACGUCAAAAACGCAAAAUUCUCCGCAAUUCUCCGUGCGAUAAUUGUCAGCGAUUUUUCACGCCGAGAAGCGCGGCCCCUGCGCUGACGAGGAAACGGUCGGCACGAAGAUGAGGGAGGCCGGGAUCAUGCUGAUAAGCACCGUGCUAACGUGUGCCGUUAUUGGCAACGCUUAUUAUCAAAGAAAACAAUUCUACCCGACCGUUGUCCACAUAACCAAAUCCAACCCGAGUAUGACCGUAAUCUACGCGCAAGGAUUCAUCCUUGCGUUCAUGAUAAACGCCUUCCUGCGGAAGAUCUUCUUCGGUACCUUGCGCGCUGCCGAGCUCGAACACUUGGUGGAGAAAGUGUGGUACGCAGUGACGGAGACGUGUCUGGCGUUUACAGUGUUCAGGGAUGACUUCAGCCCCAAGUUCAUAGCGUUAUUUACUCUCCUCUUGUUCUUAAAAUCAUUUCACUGGCUCGCUGAGGACCGCGUUGAUUAUAUGGAGAGAAGUCCAGUAAUAACAUGGUUGUUCCACCUCAGAGUCGGUACCUUACUGAGUCUUUUAUUCGCCAUCAAUUUAACAAUGAUCCAUUACGCGUACAACACAACGGCCACUAAGGGCCCCUCCGUACAACUUGUGUUUGGCUUUGAAUACGCGAUUUUGCUAACCGUUGUCUUCAAUAUCACUGUAAAAUACAUACUGCACACUAUCGACCUACAAAGUGAAAAUCCAUGGGAUAACAAGCCAGUUUUUCUGUUGUACACAGAAUUGAUUAUUGGUUUGUUAAAGGUUAUUCUCUAUGUCGCCUUCGUGACUUUAAUGAUUAAGUUAUUUACAUUGCCCCUGUUCGCGUUACGUCCCAUGUAUUAUACGAUGCGAGACUUCAAGAAAGCAUUUCACGAUAUCGUAAUGUCGCGGCGAGCCAUCAGGAACAUGAACACCCUCUAUCCGGACGCGACGACUGAGGAAUUAGCUGCUGCUGAUAAUGUCUGCAUUAUAUGCCGGGAGGAGAUGGUUGCGGCAAGCAAGAAAUUGCCAUGUAAUCACAUUUUCCACACUGCUUGCUUGCGUUCCUGGUUUCAACGUCAACAAACGUGUCCAACCUGCCGCUUGAACAUUCUGAGGCCCGCACCGAGCAACACGGCACCCAGACAGCACAAUCCUCCCCAGCCGGGGCAACAGGUACCUCAGCCUGCGCAAGCGCCUGGUGUCAAUCCUAUAGGAGCACCGUUCCAUUUCCCGGUAUUCUGGGCUGGCUUACCAGCGCCGGGCAUGCCGCACCAACAACAGCAGCAACCGCAGCAACAACAGCAGCAACCACCGCAGCAGCAGCAGCAGCAGCAGUCUCAGAGUAACGUUGGAAAUAGCCCGCCGCCUCAAAAUAUCCCACCUACUGGAAACAUACCGCUUUUCCCACCGCUGUUCCCUACAAUAGUACCGUUGCCACCUAUUCCCGUGCCGCCACCGAAUUUGACCGAACUGAGCGAAGAGGAGCUUAGAGCAAUGGAAGGAAACUUGCGGCAGGCUGUCCAAGCCAGGAUACAAACCCUGCAAAGAAUUCAGCUUCUAUUAGACGCAGCUAACGCGAUGAUGAAUCAGUAUCAAACAGCGGCUGCAACUGCUAACAUUCCCGUGCACAGUACGAACGAUAUCAAUAGUACGCCAGACGUGUCGGCGACGACGCAACCAAGCACAAGCAAUACAACAGACGCAAGCGCCGGGGUUACCGGCGAAGCUCCUCCUCAGGCUGAAACGAAAACAGACAGCGCUGUCCUAUCUCGGAGAACAUUUGAGGAAGAUUUUCCUACUCCGAGUACAUCGAAGGAAGACACGGAAGGAACACCUACCGAAUCGAACCGCACCGAAGAUUUAUCCAACGGAUACGAAACGAAAUCCUCCAGCGAACAGGAAAUGCUACGCAGACGUAGGCUACAGAAAUUUUCACCUCAGCCAGCGACAGAAUAAAUGAAAAUAAAAUUGUGUGAUAAAUUAUGUAACAUAAUAGUCUUUAACUUGGUUAAUGAUCGGCCUCAAUUAACGCAAGCGGCCAAUAAUUGAGGACUUAUGUAAUAACUAAUAUUUGGAUUUUGCGAUCGGCAUGAGAACUUUGGCCGAAUGACGCGCUCGGUCAAUCAACGGAUUAAGCGCGGACGAGAGUGCGUCUGUGAGGAAUUCUCUGGCGAGUGUUAAAUCCAAAACUUAGUAAUACAAUUGAGACUGAAAGCUUGAGACUCAAAUCACAAAUUGAAGUUAUAAUACCAACAAUCAUAAUCAAUCAUAGGAGAAUGAUUUUAUAGAAAUGACGAUUCGUGUCUUUCCGUGAGCUGCUAUCAGAGUACAGAAUAAAUACGGAGCGUGGGGAAUUAUUCCUCCGUUGGAAUUAUAGUUUUGGGAUUUACAAACAAGUUUACCUGUAUAUAAACUAGAUUUUUUCUUGCUUCUCUCUCUCUCUCUCUUUAUAAUCGUGCGAAAGUAUUCCUUGUAUCUAUGAAAUUUAUUCGACAUUCUUUCCACAUAAAAAAUGUAUUUGAAUAUUUUGUCCCUAAGCUUUAAUAUAGGCAAAUUUCUUAUGUACAAUUUUAGCUACAUUAAGAAUUAUUAAUAAGCCAUCCCUUCUCUCUUAUUCUUUCACGAAACUAAGGCAAUAUUAUACAAUUAUGAAUUAUUAAUGACAAACGGUACAAUCAUUUCUAACAAUUAUGAUGUAAUAAUUAUAUUAUUAAUUGUCAUUGAUAAUAUUACAUAUAUUUAUUAAUAUAUAAGUUUUUGUUUUUGUAAAAAUAAUUUCACUUAUAAAUUUAUUCACACACACACACACACACACACACACACACACACACACACACACACACACACAAGUAAUUAUUGUAAUUAAUAAAUAAAAUGCAGAAGAGGUACAUACAUAUGGAAAGUGCAGGGACAUAAAAGCUUUAACUGAAUCAGCAAUUUAAGUGAAUCGUUUUAUAUUUUUAAUUUGUUAAUAAUAAUUGUUAUUUUUAUUAAUACAUACACUGGGAACAUGGACCAGAUAUUUCUAUAUCUAAAUACCAAUCAGUACUUAACUUAAAUUCAUGAAUAUCUCUUCAACGUUCAAAACUGUGGGCAAUAUCAAAGUACCUGGAUAUUGAAAGCCACAAGUAAUAUACGGAGCACACUUGUUUAACAAUUCAAUUGAUUGAUUCACUGAUAAUAAGAUACUCAAUAUCUAUGUAAAAAUUGUCCCCUAGCUUAUCUAUAUCAACAGAAUUGCUUCCAAUGACAGUAUUACAUCAUUCAAAUGAUUGUAUGCAAAAUAAUAUACUUUGCUUCAUUAUUUCAUUUUAUAUAAUUUUCCAUUAUAACUCUGGAUAUUUCUUUGGUUAUUUUGAAAUAAACAUUUGU